AUGCUGAGCUGCGAAUGGCCUGGAGGCGAGCCUCCUGCUAUGCUGAGGUGGCUUGAUGGGCAGCAGCAGCCCCUGGGCAGCAGCAGCUCUUCACUAGCCGUCCACCUCCUACAGGCCCAGGGUGAUCUGGCUGGCAAAGAGUUCACCUGCCAGGGCUCUCACCCACUCAGGACUCCUGACCCCUACUGCAGGCUCCAGCUGGGGGGCAAAGGCACCGACAGAGGGGAGCAAGGGAAAACACUGAGGUGCCUGCAGGCACUGAACCACCCAGCACCCCAAGUCUAGAUCCUGCACAAGAACCCUCUGAUGCUCCAGUAAAUGUCACCAUCACUGUGACUGCAACACCAUGAAGCCAAAGAGGAAGACUCUACAGCCAGUGCAAGGCCC